AUGCCAUUUUUGGACGAAGACUCGCAAAAUUCUGCCGUAAUUGCCCAUCUACCAUCGGAAUUCGACGUCGAGUCGUCGCAAUCUGUCUCCAGUCAACCCACAAAGCCCGCGGAUUCGACGUCUUGCGCUGUGCUGGGAGAUGAACGAAUUGAAGGGGAACGAAAAGACCCGCUCAUUCAAGUAGAACCGACACUGGUGUCUCCUAUCGCAGAAAUUAAAGAGGAGCAAGUUGCUGGAGCCAACUCUGCUAUUUUAAGGAGGAAACCAAAAUUGAAGCUGGAUUUCGAUCAGCCGAAGAGGGAGGGCCUGCUGCGUGGUUCAGAAUCCAAAUUGGCAUCGCAACAUGAGAAGUCCAGUCCAAUAGAAGAGGUGAAGGAGCUAUCAGACAUACAAGCUGGAAACAGCUCCGCAGAUGAGGUGUCGAGUAGUGAAGAAUCGACUGCACCUUCUAUUGAGAAUGUGAUGGACGAGAGCGUGGAGAUCAGGGAGUCGCUGGGCUCCCGUCGUUCAAGAAAAAAGGUGAGAACUCAGUCACUGAAAAAGGAAAAUAGAUAUCCAUUCCCCAUUUUAUUAUGGCGCCUCCAGUUGUUGCUAUAUUGGUUUGACAACUAUGAUUCUCCUUUAUUUACUAGGGUACACGACGCAAAUCUUAGGUCAGAAGGAAACGCAGGAAACCAAACAAGAGCCACUGCAAAAAGGGACAGAAAGCGCUUCUCCUCCCAACCAUCGAAAAGAGAGCCGGCCGCUCCUUGGCAAGGCGUCCAUCAGGGACUGCUUGAAGGUUGUGGUGAUUCACAGACAGUACCACCGCCCACUCAAGGAUCGAAUGUUCAGCGACCUGAAGAUUGUGUGGAAUCACAGGCGGUACCACCGUCCACCCAAGAAGCAUCUGCUCAGCUACCUGAAGAUUUUGCGGUGCAACCGCCUGCUCAAGAAGCGACUGUUCCGCAGAGUGAUGAAGCAUUGGUGUUGCGAGAGAUAGACGAGGUUCUAAAUGUGAAGGAGCUGGCCGACCCAAGUCUAGACGAAAGCUUAGAGGAAAAAGACGAAGAUGACGGUGUCAAGAAAACACCUGAGAAACAAAAUAUGGGAGCAGAGAAAAUAGCCUCCACACCUACGCCAGCAUUUGUUCAAAGAAUUGCUAGUACACCUGGUAUACUGAAAAAGGUUGACAGUCCCUCCACUGCUGAGAAAAAGCUUCGACGAGUUCAUUUUGGAGGUGAUACAGAAAAUAAGGAACGUGAUGCCAUCACUGAUGAUGCAGUCAAAGCGAUCGCGAGUGAUGAUCUGAUCCCUGUAUCUCCGAAGGGAAUCGUGAAACGAGCCACACCGAGACGACCAUUUUUCCAUCUCCAGACGACCGCUGAACAGGUAACAAAGGUUGCCGCAUUGCCCAACGAAAGCGUUGCUGCUUCUCCGGUAAAAAGCGAGGCAGAUGCCGCCACAUGUGCUGAUGACGAGCCUAUCUUCCCGCGUUUAGCUGACUGUCAGGAGUCGAUAGGAAGAAUAGUCGGGAGAUUGCUGCCCAUAUCUUCUACUAACGGUGCAAUAGCUGCACGUAAAUCAUUGGAAGCACAAGGCAUCGUCAGAAUAUGCGAUCUGGCGUCCAAAUCUCGACGUGAAGUUUCACUACUGAACAUUAAGAAGCCACGAAUCGAAACAGCAUUCCGAACACUCUCACAGUUCGCUCGUGACCACUUGAAGUCUGAAACCUCACCGGUAACUGGCCGAGUAGGUUUCCACGACCUUUGA